AUGAUGCAGUGGCGGGCGCCCAGCUACAACUUUAUCGAGCCGCCUCGAACACCACGCAAACCGCCAGCGCUCGACGCGCUUGCCGCGACCAUCCUCGAGCGCUGGGCGGGGCGCAUGGAGGUUCUCGAUCGACCGACGACGACAGCCAAGUUGUGGCAGGCGCUGCUGCAGCAGUCGCAGCCCAAUGGCGCCAUGCCGUACCGCGAAGCUCCCAACGCCGUGUGCACGGCCAUUUACUUUGAGCUGCUUCAAGAGAUGUUGCGCGUCUACUUUGCGCCGGCGUCGACAAUCUGCGAUCUCGUGCUCGGCGGUCUCCUCAACUCAGUCUACCGCAUGUACGACGCCACCAAGCCGUUCUACGACAACACGCCAUACUCUGGCACCUGCGUGCGCACGUCCCACGAAGAGCGCACGAGCCAGAACGAACACCACGUCAAAGUGAUCUACCAGCACUUUAGCCAGCUCGAAGCCAACUACCAAAGGGACGUUGUGCGCGACCUCGUCAAGCCCGUACUGACCCCGGACGUGAUCGUCGACUUGUGGGACUUGUAUCUUGAAGCGCCCGUCGCGACGACGCUCCGUCUUCCGACGACCGCGGCUGUCCACGCGGCUACGUACACCAAGUGCUUUCACCGCUUAGACGACGACGAGAAGCGCCCGCUCCUCACUGGCCUCGCGAGCGCACUCGACCUGCGCGUCACCGACGCGUCACGGAUCGAGCCCCCGACGACCGUCGAUUCUUGCAGCGCCCAGCAAGGCAGCAACGCGGCUUUCGGUGCGACGCAAGUCGAUUCUUCCUCAUGCACCGAGCGUUUUGAGCCCAGGGCGCUUCUCGAGAUGCUUCCCACGAUCAAGAACCCAAAGGACGGAGCUAGCGGCAGCAGCCGCAGUAUAACUGGCAACCAGAACCGGUGCAGCGACGUGCCAGAGUCGAGCGCUCUCAAGGAGUUUGUCGACUACGUCGGUGACGACCUCAUGGACAUCUUCACGCAGCUUAAGUCGGGUGAGUUUCGCAGCCAGCAAGCUGCGAUCCAGGACCUCGGUGGCGUCUUGGAGCGCCACUUUGAAAAAGAAAUUGGCGACGUUGACGAAAAGGCCAAGGAGUCUGCGACCGCCAAUACCGUACCAACAGUUGUGCAGCUGCUCAAGGCGACGCCCAGCGCGCUUGGUAGCGUCCUCAAGCAGAUCCCGGACCUGCUUAUUGACACGCUAACGCUCCAGCAAGGCAUCCUCAAGUACUGCAUGGUGCACUGCCCUCGUGUCGUGCAGCACUUUUUGCGCCUCGAGACGAGUCCCGACUUGCUCGACGCGUGGCACACCAUCGUCAAAGCCAACGCUACCGGCCUCACCUUACUUUGGUCGACCGAAAAUACUUCCAACGUCGACGACGUCACCUUGUCUCCGCUCGAGGCCGCGUACCACUGGCUCAACCACCACGUGGCCGACGCCGCCAAAGUCAUGCUCCUCAAUGGCGACCUCACGCGACAGCUCUUUGUUGAAAUGGAAAACGAGACGGCGAAAGCGCGCCCCAAUACGCUCCAGCAACACCGGCUCAAGAACCUCCUCUUGGAUUUGCACGAUCUUCCCACCUUUCGGCUGCUCCGCGACGGCGCCCAGAUCCGAGGCCUCGACGCCGCGUUAAAGCGUGACGUGGCUGGCGUCACGCAGUGCCUCUACGCAAUUCUUCUGAGCGAUGAGCACCUCAGGACUAUCGUGACCGAGUCGACGGAGCUGACAACAGCACUUGCGAUGCUGAGCAAGCCAGCGCUCAUGACGCUUGUGACGUCCGACGUCAUGACGUGGGCACCGUUUUUCGUCCAAGCCGUCACAGACAACGAGUUUUUGCUCCGCGAUGCCAUCACGCAGCAUUUACCCGCAGGCGCUCGCUUUCUGGAGGCCUUCAACAAGGUUCUCACAGGCAGCGACGGGCGCUGGGUCCCACUCGACGACAACGAUCUUCCACGCGGCAUACCCGCUCCGCCCACCGGCCCGCCGACGCUCGCAUCCGCGCCCGAGCCGAAACCAUCGACGCCAUUCAACAUCGGAGCCACGGUCCACGUCGCACGUGCGCUCAACCUGUUUCGUCUUGGGCGAAGUCGGUGGCAGCAAGCCGUCGCACAGAAGAUGGUCCCUCGCACGUUGUCGUCCAAGGUUGCAACCAAAGCGAGCGUGUACCAUAUGCCGUGGCUUUGGAAGACUUUUGUCGUCGGUGAGUUUGAUAGCAUGAUGAAGCCGCGCGGGCCCGAGCUCUCGCUGCGGGAAAUGAAGAAGAGCGUGCUGGACAUCUUUAUCGAGAAGCUCAAGGUUGACGAACUCGAGCUCGACGGCGAGGAUGCCUCGAGCGAUCUCGCAGCCUACGUGUGUGACUACCUCAUGGCCAAGGUCCAAAAUCGCAGCCUCGUCGGGUCGCAGCUGCAGCAGAUCUUUCGCGGCUGCGAGAUGUUUCACAGUGACCGACGCGUCGCCUUCUUCGCAGCGGCGUGUGGAAUUCAGCGUCCACUGGGUCGAGGUAUGCUCAAGAGCUACCUCAAGUCGCUUGGUCACAUUGUCUUUGGAGUCAUGAAGAUCUUUCGAUACGACCAAAAGCUGCACCAGACGGUCGACGGCGCGUGUAUCGUCAGCACAGACGUCGUGCUCUCGGCCGCAGCCAACGUUUUUGCCAAUUGCUUUGCAGCACAGGACAUUGGCGCUUUCAACGACCGCGUGCAGCAACUUCGCCGGGUGCCCGUGCAAGAUCCAGGCGGACGCAAGGGUGGCUACGUGGACCUCGACGAAGCGAUGACACUCUUCGUCGCCGAGUGGCAAACGCUCGAAGCGCAGAUCGACGAGCAGUACAUCGCGGCCUUCAACAAGUUCCGCGGCGCCAGUGACUUUAUCGGCAUCGAGGAGUUUGUCAAGAUCGUCCUGCACGUGACGCACGGCAGCGUCGCACCGCGCGACUGCCGCCUCAUAUUUUACGACAUGGGCGAAGACAUGAUCGACCUCAAGACUCUGCUUCGGCUCACUCAGCAGUACGACCUCCGCCUCUCGAUCAACCACGCGUCGAUACCCCUCACCGACGCAGAGCGCACGGCUCUGCGCAGUACCCUCGGGACGUCAAGCGUCCUCUCGUUUGAAGACGAGCUCAAGCAGCUCCAGCUCGAGAGCGUGCAUCAGAACGGCCGCACCAAAGAGAUUCUGCGGCGGCAGAAGCUCGCAGUUGAGGACUCGGUCGCGCUCUUGACGUCUGGCGCCGAGGGUCUCAGCGCCAAGGCGGCGUGGGAUACGUUCCGGUCGUCGGUCGCAAGCCUCCAGACCGCAGUGCAAGCACAGAAGCAGUUCAGCACCGUCUACGUGCAGUGCCACAUCCGCAAGUGGGUCAACAAGCUAAAGACGCAGAGGUCACCGGUCGCGUCCAGCGACGACCGCAUUAGCGCCGACGACGUCAUCGUGCCUGUCAAGCCCCCCGACCUGCUUCGUCGCAAGAGCGGCGCGCGCCGUGACAGCACCGACGCCUUCGACCUCGACGCGAUCCUGCCGCAGCGCCUCAAGUCGCAGCACCUGGCAUCCAGUGACGACCGCACGCGGGCGGCCAAAAUGGUGACUGCAACGCUCUUCUCGGACAAGAAGCAACGCCAAGGCGCGAGUUAAUCCAACGCUCGUAUUAAGGAGAGUCCA